AUGACCACCCCUAUGACCCAUGUCACGUCUCCCUGCCUAAUAUUACACAAAACAGUUUCUGAGUUGAGUCUUUUCACAAUGCGUGGCGAAAUCUGUCAUAUUCACCUCGGCCAGGCUGGUGUCCAGCUGGGUAACGCGGCAUGGGAGCUUUACCUACUCGAACACGGCUUAAUGCCCGAUGGACAUAUUAAUCCCGAUCUUAGCGAGGAUAUUCGCAAAAGCAGCUCCUAUGAGACCUUUUUCGCUGAGGCCGACAAUGGCAAGUACGUCCCCCGUUCGAUCUUUAUCGACCUCGACCCUUCGCCUGUUGACGAGAUCCGCUCUGAUGCUCGUGGCCACUAUACAGUCGGCAAGGGGCUCUUGGAUAAUGUUAUUGAUCGAAUCCGACGUGUGGCUGAUAACUGUUCCUCCCUUCAGGGUUUCUUGAUCUUCCGCUCUAUCGGCGGUGGUACUGGCUCUGGAUUCGGUGCUUUGUUGCUAGAGCGCCUUGCUGCCGAGUACGGCAAGAAAUCGAAGCUGGAGUUCGCAGUCUACCCGUCUCCCAGCGUGGCGACCGCCGUGGUAGAGCCAUACAAUGCUGUGCUAUCCACCCACAGCACCAUUGAAAACUCCGAAUGUACAUUCCUCGUCGACAACGAAGCGGUUUACGAUAUCUGUCAACGCAAUCUAGACAUCCCUCGCCCUGGCUUUGAUCAUCUCAAUCGGCUCAUCGCUCAGGUGGUCAGCUCUGUCACCGCCAGCUUACGCUUCGAAGGCGCCCUUAACGUCGACUUAAACGAGUUCCAGACCAACCUCGUCCCGUUCCCGCGUAUUCAUUACCCUCUUAUUUCAUAUGCUCCGAUCAUGUCUAGUAACAGCAGCAGUCAUGAAGGUCACAGAGUGAAAGAUCUAACUGUGCAGUGUAUGUGCUUGUGCGUCUUUUUUUAUCAAUUGUUAUUCUAUAUUGACUAUUUGGCAGGCUUUGAACCCAAAAAUCAGAUGGUUGUCUGCAAUCCUUAUGAAGGCAAAUAUAUGGCUGUGGCUCUUUUGUACCGAGGCGAUGUCGUGCCUUACGAAUGCAGCCAAGCUAUUGCUCAUGUCAAAUCCAAGGCGUCGUUCAACCUAGUUGAAUGGUGUCCCACCGGGUUUAAGGUUGGAAUCAAUUACCAGAAGCCUGUAAGUGUGCCUGAUAGCCAACUUGCAGCUGUGGACCGCUCGGUCACUAUGCUUUCUAAUUCUACCUCUAUCGCCGAGGCCUGGGGUCGUCUCGAUCACAAAUUCGACCUUAUGUACACCAAACGUGCUUUCGUUCAUUGGUACGUGGGUGAGGGUAUGGAAGAGGGCGAGUUCUGCGAAGCUCGUGAGAACCUGGCAGCUCUGGAAAGCGAUUAUGAGGAGAUUGCCGGUGACGCUAUCGCUUCCGAUGGUGCAUUCGAGCAAGAGUUUUAA